UUUGUCUAUGGGCUACAAUUGAGUUUGACGAUUUGAUUGUGAUGAUUUUUCUCGUUUUUGUGCGAAAAAGUGAUAUGAAAUCAGAUGUUGACAAACAUUAGUGAUUGAAAUAUUUAACUGUAAACAAUGACACUCACAUAUUGGAUGAGUAUUGAUUUACUUGUGGAAUAGUUCUUUUGAAAAGCAGAUAAUGUAGGUAGUUUUGUUUCUAUAUUAAGAUAACACGGGGUACGUCGUAAUAACAACAAUGUCUUUCUUCAAGAACGUCGCGUCAGGAUUUACAGUCCGAAGUCGCGAUGCUAUGCUAAAAGAAGCCCUUAUAAACAAUCUGUCUGAGAGUGUUAAAGACAUCCAAUACAGUAAUCAGUUUGAAGAAAACUUUCACAGCGUGUUGGGUUCCACUGACUCUACGAACACCCUGUGUAUGGCCUUAGAGGCAAUAUUCCUUCAUGGUUUAAAAGACACAUUUUUAAGAAAGGCUAAAAAUGCACUUACUGGUGAUUCUGACCAGCAGCCGCAGCCCAACUUUUGGCUCCUUAUUCUUGUGCUAUCACAUAGACAAAACAUUGAUCAAAUAUCGUCACUGCCACAAAUCAAUACAGAAAUAGGGCAAUGUCGGGCAUGGCUGCGAAUUGCAUUAAAUGAGUGCCUGUUGUCCUCAUACAUGUCUACUUUACUCAAGAAUAUAUCUGCUGUGAAACCAUUCUACAACAGAACAGCAUUUGUAUGUGAUUCUGAAAUAUUAGAGGUGGCUCAAAAACUUGUUGAGGGCAUAGAAACAUGUAUACAAUUCAACCUACCAAUAAAUUCAAGUUUGUUAAACUAUUGGCCAGAGCAGGUUCUGAUGCUAGCUGGAAUAUGGGUGCCUAAGAUCAGGCAAGCUCCUAUUAGUGCUGCUUUGGAUGUAGCCAGCACUAUUGCGGAUGAGGAAGUCAAACCUAAGUUAGCAUCUACACCCACACAUACCUCGAACAUCACUGGACUGGGUAGGAUGCUUGCUCUCAAUGAAGAUGAGGCUUUGAAUUUUAUUCUUUCAAAGGAUAUAAAAGAUAUCACAAGCCGCAGCUUAGAACCUGAGCCAGAAGAUGUUACAUCUAAAGAUAAUGCAGAAACUGAAACCACUUCUUCAAGCCCCAAGACUAAAUUGAGCCCUUCAGAAAUAGACAAGCCAUGUACCAGCCAGGAGUCACAAAAUGUGACUUGUGAAUCUCCUUCAUCUGUCACUUCUGAAGACUUUGUAGCUCCCACUGAUGUUAUUGUCACUGGCAACUCUCUAUGUGGGAAGGGAUGGUCAACUGAUAACAAUGAUGAUAUGAAUGCCUCUAUCAAUUCCAAUUCAUCUCAUGGCAGCAGUAUGAUAAAAACACCUGAGAUCAAGAGUCUGUCAUCUUUGGUUGACAAUACCACUAACUUUGGAGAAACAUACACCACCACUCCCAAUCUGCGAGACGUCAUGAAGGACAUUCAUAAAGAAUUAAAGUUGAGCUCUGAUGAUACAGACAUAUGUGAUUUGAAGGUGGAAACAGAAACCCCUGAAGAUCCCAUGUUACAAGGUUUAGAUUUUGAGGUAGUUCCCAAUACUAUGACAACAUCUUUUACAAUCCAAGAGUUACAGAAGAUGAAAUUACAGUUGGGGACUUUGUCAAGAGAACAAGGUUUGGAUCAUCAAAAUUAUCAAUGUAAAGGAUGCCAAGAUUUACUGGGAAGCACCAUCUCUAAAGCCAAAGUGUGUGCAUUUACAGGGGAGUACUACUGUUGUAACUGCAUGGACCCUAAUGUAUUUAUUAUUCCGGCACGGGUCAUACACAACUGGGACUUUAAAAGAUACCCAGUCUCGAAGAAAUCAGCUCUCUUUUUAUUAGAAUUUCAACAUCAUCCUUGGAUAGACAUGAAAAAACUUAAUCCCAAGAUUUACAGUGGUGUUUCAGAUAUGGCAAAUCUACGAGACCUAAGAAUGCAACUCAAUUUUCUUAGAGCCUACAUAUUUUCAUGCAGGGAACCAGUCAUUGAGGAGUUACAGAAGCGUGUAUGGCCAAGGGAGUAUCUUUAUGAACAUCUUCACUCUUAUACAAUAUCAGACCUUGCUCUCAUACCCAAUGGUUCCCUGGCACUACAGCUAGAGAAAGUUGUAACAUUUGCCAAGACUCAUGUUCUAGAAUGUUGGCUAUGUAGUCAGAAAGGCUUUAUUUGCGAAGUAUGUCGCGACCCUAAAAUAUUGUAUCCCUUUGAGACAAGUUCGACAUAUCGCUGUGAAGAGUGUUCAAGUGUGUUUCAUGCCAAAUGUCUCAAUGCCAAUUUACCUUGUCCUAAGUGCAAAAGGCGGCAAAACCGUACAAAUGAAGCAUCUUUGGUACAAGCUGUACACUCUCAUUUCAUUAAAUAGAUGAGGUCUGAGUGCAUUGUACAACAUACAAAACUUGCAUUUAGUCUUAAAACUUAAGUUACUUGCAUCAUGUUUUCAUUUCACUGGGUUCAUGGGAUGAAUUACAUUGCAUUGUAAUUACCUAUGAUUUGAUUAGCAUUGUACAAAAAAGUAUAUGAAAUAGGAACUUCUUAUUUGGAAAUUGUAAUUAAAUGAAUUUAUAUUAGUACUGCACAAGUACACACCUAUGUAACCAAAUAUAAUGUUAAGAUUUAUGGACCUAAUAUAUUUGGGUAGCUUUAUAAAGUAUAUAUUUAUACAAAAAAUAGGAAUACUCUUUUAACAAUUUUUGUAGGUAGUAAAGGGUUUGGCUUCUAACGUAAAGAAAUGUGAUAUGGUUAACAUAGGUAGAUGGACAUUAUUAUGUACUUAUAAGCAUCAUCGUUUAUGGACAUAUUUUUAUAAAUUUAAUGUGCAUUGAUAAAGGAGAGUAUGUAAAUAAAAUGAUAUGAUCAUGCAGAUAAUCAAGUCUAAACUGUUGAUAUAAUAAAUAGGAUUUUUGUGUGUUCAGUUCUACUCAGACUUAAUUUGCUUAUUUACAAAGCCUUUUGGCUACCGUUCAUUGGAUUACAUUCAAUAUCUGUCUUAAUAUACAUAAUUUUGAUAAAUGCCAGAGGUAUAAAGUACGCAAGUAAUUACUCCAGGUUUUUGGUUUUUAGGAAGCCAAUAAAUCAAAAAAAUAUCAGUAGAAUUUGCUUACCUAACUAACCGAAUCUAACUUGAUUAGCAGUUAAUAUUUUUGAUAUUGUGAAAUUAAAAGAUGAGCUGCCAGGUUUAUAAUAUAAUACAAAAACUAUUUUAAAUGUCACUCAUUCAUUAUUUCUUGAUGGUGGCAGUAGGUACUUGUGCAAUAAGCUUUUAUCUCUUUGACUGGACCACGGAGUAAGAAAAAAUGAGCGGACAUGCCAUAAGGCAGGUCUAGGUUGAGCAAGUGGGCAAGACGAAAACGAUGAGUUAUGAGUGAACGAACUAGGCGUUUGGGUUCUUUUAGGCAUCUUGACAAAAAUUUUUGAUACCUAUAACAAAAAGGGGGUGGGUUUCUAAGGAUUUUAAGGGCGUAGACAGCAAGGUGUCUCGUCCCCCGAACCACCCGCAUUUUGGCGCUUUCCGCUACUUUCAUAGGACAUUUUCCGUUAUGGCAUCUCCGCUCGUUAUUUUCUCCAUGGGCUGGAGCUAUAGUUUCUUAUGAAUAAAUAGGAAAGGCAGCUGAUUUAUUUCAUAAAACAUACAAGUUUGAAAAAUAAAUGUCAAAUAUAAAUUUCAUUUUACUGGUAAUUAAUUUAACUAAUCAAAUUCCUUUUUUUCAUAUGUGCAAUUAAGUACAUACAUAAGUUUAUAUGAUCGGCUUAGUUUCUGCCGUCCUCUAACAGAGAUCUUUAUUUUCCUUCGUAAUUGUCAUAAUAUAUACCUAAUUUUAUUGUUAUCAUAUCAUUAGUAUACCAACUUAUGAUAGAUAGUAGCGCACAGCUGACAUCAAUAAAAUAAAUAAAGAAACAUGUUAAUUA